AUGAGAUUAUUUCAAGCACGUCUGCUCGGAGGUCCACCAGAAACUUUACUCCCCCUUCCACUCUGCUGAUGUGGUUUAGCAGCUGUUUAUAGCGGGGAGUCAAACUGUAGCGAAGUCGAUCUUCAGCUUGCAAAAUGGUCGCCAAGUCUCUGAGUUGAGUGUCGAGUAACUUUCCGGCAAACUCUGACACACUUUUAUGAUCCACUCCGAAGUCCCGUGACAGCUUUGCUAGGAAGUCAAGUUUGUCAUCCCUUUCAAGACUUCUGUAGAAGUGCAUAAACUCCAAGCUGCUGGAUUCAGGAGGAGGAGGAGACUUCUCUCUUGUUUCGUAUGUGGGUAGAGGAGAUACGACUCUUGCCAAUAUUUCCUCCAUGCCAGUAACGCCAGUUGGCGAAGACAACCAACGGCAGCUGCCGAAGCCCGACGUCCCCAGAGCAGCUUUCAGGACAGUCCGGUGUCGCCAACACUUCACACUACCACGAAAAGCACAGAUAACUGGCUAACGAAUGCCAAGUUUCAUGUGAGAGAUGGGGCGAGAAAAGGAGGCCACAGACGACCGGAAAACGACCCAUAAAGUCACCAAACUGAAGAGAUUUAACGACACUGAGAUAGCUGGAGCCGGAGGUGAUCCUAAUCAUAACAUUGCAAAGUCAACAAAAUCUACAGAGAAAACUCCUAAUGGAAAAGUCCAGAAGAAGCAGGUGAAACCACCACAGGCGGAGAAGCUGGACUCACCCAACAGUGCCAGAGAGCCAGAAGACAGCGACUUCACCACAAAGAAGACAGGAGUGAAAAGAAAACGAAUCAAAGAUGAGCCUGCCGAGUUUCCCACCAGUGACACACCAAACGGCACAAAUAAGAAAAAAAGCCAACAUUCAGUGGAAGAAGAAAAUGGUGAUGAGGCUCCAAAAAAGAAGACCAAAAAGAAAACGGAGGAGGGGGUGAAGAAAGAGGAAGAAGAGCAACCGGUCUCAAAAACGUCCAAAAAGACAAAGGAGGAGAUUAAGGAGGCAAGACUGUUGAAAAUGAAAAAGAAGGAAGAGGAGGAACAGAAUCGCUGGCGAUGGUGGGAGGAAGAGAAGUAUGAAGACGGGGUAAAAUGGAGGUUUCUGGAGCACAAAGGACCCUACUUUCCACCUGUGUACCAGCCUCUACCAGACGAUGUUCACUUCUACUACAGUGGUAAGCCGGUGAAGCUGAGCCUGGCAGCUGAGGAGGUGGCUGUGUUCUUCGGCCAGAUGUUGGAUCAUGAAUACACCACUAAAAAGGUUUUCCGGGAGAACUUCUUCAAAGAUUGGAGGCAGGAAAUGACGGCCGAGGAGAGAGUGCUGAUUCGACAUCUUGAAAAAUGUGAUUUUGGAGAGAUUCACGGGAUGCAUAAAGCCAAGGUAGAGGAGAGGAGGAACAUGAGCAAGGAAGACAAAUUGCUAUUAAAAGAGGCUAACCAGAAGAUAGUGGAGGAGUAUGGCUACUGUCUGUUGGACCACCACAGAGAACGUAUUGGCAACUUCAAGAUUGAGCCUCCAGGGCUGUUCAGGGGCAGAGGAGAGCAUCCUAAACAGGGCAUGCUGAAGAAAAGGAUCCAGCCUGAAGAUGUCAUCAUCAACUGCAGCAAAGAAUCGCACAUCCCUGUGCCUCCUGCUGGUCGUCGCUGGAAGGAGGUUCGACACGACAACUCUGUGACAUGGCUGGCCAGUUGGACUGAGAACAUCCAGGGGUCAAUUAAAUAUGUCAUGCUAAACGCCAACUCCAAACUCAAGGGAGAGAAGGACUGGGAGAAAUACGAGGUUGCUCGCAAACUUAAGACGUGUGUGGAUACCAUCCGUAAGCAGUACCUUGAAGAUAUGAGGUCCAGAGAGAUGCGUGUUCGACAAAGAGCUGUGGCUCUCUACUUUAUAGACAAGCUGGCGCUGAGAGCUGGUAAUGAAAAGGAGGAGGGAGAGACGGCGGACACAGUGGGCUGCUGCUCGCUACGUGUAGAGCACAUCACGCUCCACAAGGAGCUGGAUGGCAACACGUGUGUGGUGGAGUUUGAUUUCCUGGGUAAAGAUUCCAUUCGCUACUACAACAAGGUCCCUGUCAUCAGUAAGGUAUUUAAGAACCUUCAGCGUUUUAUGGAGAAUAAGGACCCUGGAGAUGAACUAUUUGACCGCCUCAAUACCAACUUAAUGAACAAGCAUCUGAGUGCCCUCAUGCCAGGUCUUACUGCAAAGGUCUUCAGGACAUACAAUGCCUCCAUCACGCUACAACAGCAACUCAAAGAGCUCACAAAUGGGUCUGACAAUGAAGCAGAGAAGCUGCUAUCCUACAACAGAGCGAACCGAGCGGUUGCAAUUCUCUGUAACCACCAGCGGGCGCCACCAAAGACCUUUGAGCAGUCGAUGGCUAACCUUCAGACCAAGAUUGAUGCCAGAAAAGUUCAGCUGGCUCUUGCCAAGACGGAGCUGAAGCAGGCUAAGAAGGAUUCCAAGGCGAAGGACAGCUCAGACUCCAAGUUGGCUAAACUAGUGGAGCGGAAGAAAGCAGCCGUGAAGCGCUGCGAGGAGCAGCUUCUGAAGCUGGAGGUGCAGGCCACUGACAGAGAGGAAAACAAACAGAUUGCACUGGGUACCUCAAAGCUUAACUACCUCGAUCCACGCAUCAGUGUGGCUUGGUGUAAAAGAAUGGGGAUACCUAUUGAAAAAAUCUACAAUAAGAGCCAAAGAGACAAGUUUGCCUGGGCCAUUGAGAUGACGGAGGCGGACUUUGAGUUCUGACUGCCCACUUGGACAUUAAUGCAAUAAACAACCGAUCUGCCAUAAUAUAAACUAAAGUGAUUCAUGUUACAUUUGUAACAUCUUGACAUGUCAUUUGUUGACAUUUCCAUGCAGUUUUAGGUCACAGUCAAGCUCCACUCUUUGACAGUUUUGUUUGCUGCUUUUCUGUUGGACACUUUGUCAUAUUGCUGUAUUUUGUGUUUGCAUUUAUUUGA